AUGAUUCCGGUAUUUAAGGAACAUGAAAUAUCCUUUUUAGAGGAAUAUAUCAAAUUAAUGCAGCCUCUGGCUGAAACAUUAGAUUUUUUACAGGAAGAACAUAACACCUAUUAUGGGUAUCUGCUUCCCAGCUUAGUUUCGAUGAAAACUAAACUUCAAAAGCUGAAAAUAUCAGGCGAUAUAAAACAGCUAACAGUGCCUUUAGAGGCCAUAAUUAAGUCUGUCGGGCAAAGAUUUAAAGAAUUUUUAACUCUAAGUCCAGAAUCCAAAACUGCCGUAAUUGGCGCCGUGUGUCCACGAUUCAAAAUGCGCUGGUAUAACGCAUUUAAAGACUUAAAUGUUACCACAUACAAAGAAAUACAAAACUGGGUAGUUGAAUACUUUAUCAUCCAGGAAAAUAAAAUACCUAAUGAAAAUAUCCAGUCAAAGGAUCUUUUUUUUUAA